AUGUCGUCGAAACGUGUUAAGCGACCCCUCCAGGGCCUCUCUUGUGAAGACAGUUGCCAUUGCCAAAACACCGACAGUUCCCCCGCCAGACGAUCCGCCCGUUCCUUUCCUUCCAUCUCAAUCAGCUCUGGCCAGCACCCGCGGACGGUUUCCCUCUCAACAACAACCACCGACCCCAUCGCGGGCUAUUCCGAUAUGAACGUCACCAAUUCCGCAAACAAGACUGUCAAUCCCAGCGAACUUUUUCUGCUGGACACAAACCAACCCGGAACCGCUUGGGACCAGUCGCCGUAUCACUCUGACCAGCUCCUCUCGGGACUUGGCUUCGACAACAGCUUUGCCAUCGGGCAGCAUGCGAACAGCGCCUUCAACGCUCUCGAGAACACCAAGAGAUUGACGGCAAACUUUCCAACCCAACCAUCGCUUGUCACGCAAUCGCAGGUCUUGGAAGCGCAGCCAACAGGAAACGGGCCCACCUACCUUGACUCCAUCCAACAUUCGGGUCCCAACUUCGACUGGGCAGGGGACAAUUCCAUCAACUCCAUCAACUUCUCCAUCCCCACUCCCUUCACCAUCCCUCAGCAACCCGUUUCCGGCUGGAAUACACCUGCGACGACCCCUCUUGCGCCCCGUCAGCAUCGCAUUCCCGGUCCCGGCUCUGGUCCCGGUCGCAACUUUGGUCUCGCCAACGAACAAUCAAACCAUCUAAGCGAGAAGGACAAGUACUUCACCAUCACCCAUCGACAGACUGGCCAAUAUCAUCGCAUCGACAAGCGCAACAAGAUUCAGCGAUUGGUCAGCAAUAUGAAGACAAUGCCCGUGAUCAUUGAGGACAGGCCGUGCGAGUUCCCCAAGCUCAGCAAACGGGGAAAGCACAGGGAUGAGGACGACCUCGACGACGACGAGCGGGUGCUCAAGGGCGAUGAGGCCAAGGGAAUGACUUCAGCGCAGAGGCGUCAACUUCGCAACAAAGUAUCGGCUCGCAAUUUCCGUGCUCGCAAGAAGGACUACAUCAACGACUUGGAGGAAAAGUGCAAAGAGCAACACCGCACCAUCCUCCAGCUGGAGGCCAACAUGCGCGCCCAGAUCACCGACAAUGAGCGCUGCAAGGCCCUCAUCGUUGAACUCUUGGGACUGCCAGAAAUGGCGAAUGUGCUCGGUCACUACGAGAAGAAGAUCAGCGCCAUGGCCCAGACGAUUGCCCCUGCCCAGUCCCAGAUCAACAUGGACAGCAGUAUAUCGGACUCGAUCGGAAUGGCCUCUUCUCAGUCACAGUCUCAGAGCAUGUUCUCAACCUCAACUUGGGCGCAGCAGCUGGGAGAUGACUCGGCCGACGUCGAUGAUUUCAGUGACGAGAUAGGCAUAGAUCCAGCCGGUCUUAGUUUUCCACGUUAG